UAUUUUUUCCUCGUUCAAAGCUGGGAGUAUAUAUUCAGCUUGUGUGUGUGUAUGUCCAGAGCAAAACAUAAACAAGACAAACAAGCGUAUUAAAGUUGUCCAGGUAAUUUGUCCUAAACUAGGACCUGUAGUUUCUCCCUCAGCCGCCGGGAGAAGCUUCUUCUAAUUGGGCCGCGGCGUCCGCCAUGACGCAGGAGGGCCGCCUCAUUGGUCCGCGCACUCAGGACUCCGGCAGCUUUUCUCUUGGGUGCUCUGGGCGCCGACCCACUUCUCUCCCUCUAAGUCAGCGCUCCGUUCUUUCUGGUGCCCGGAGCUGCUAGCCCAAAGGGAUCCAGACUGAACUAGUCCGGGCAUCAUGACAACCCUGGAUGACAAGUUGCUGGGGGAGAAACUGCAGUACUACUACAGCAGCAGUGAGGAUGAGGACAGUGACCAUGAAGACAAGGACAGAGGCAGGGGUGCCCCAGCCAGCAGUUCCAUGCCUGUGGAGGCUGAGCUGGCAGGUGAAGGCAUCUCAGUUAAUACAGGUCCAAAAGGUGUGAUCAAUGACUGGCGCCGCUACAAGCAAUUGGAAACUGAGCAGAGAGAGGAGCAGUGCCGGGAGAUGGAAAGGCUGAUCAAGAAGCUGUCUAUGACCUGCAGGUCCCAUUUGGAUGAAGAAGAGGAGCAACAGAAACAGAAGGACCUCCAGGAAAAGAUCAGUGGGAAGAUGACUCUGAAGGAGUUUGCCAUGAUGAAUGAGGACCAAGAUGAUGAAGAAUUUCUGCAGCAGUACCGGAAACAGAGGAUGGAAGAAAUGCGGCAGCAGCUCCACAAGGGGCCCCAGUUCAAACAGGUUUUUGAAAUCCCUAGUGGAGAAGGGUUUUUAGACAUGAUAGAUAAAGAACAGAAAAGCACCCUCAUCAUGGUCCAUAUUUAUGAGGAUGGCAUUCCAGGGACUGAAGCCAUGAAUGGCUGCAUGAUCUGCCUGGCUGGGGAGUACCCAGCUGUCAAAUUCUGUCGGGUGAAGAGCUCGGUCAUUGGGGCCAGCAGUCGGUUUACCCGGAAUGCCCUUCCUGCCCUGCUGAUCUACAAGGGGGGUGAAUUGAUUGGCAAUUUUGUGCGCAUCACUGACCAGCUGGGGGAAGAUUUCUUUGCUGUGGACCUUGAAGCUUUUCUACAGGAAUUUGGAUUACUCCCCGAAAAGGAAGUCUUGGUGCUGACAUCUGUGCGUAACUCUGCCACCUGUCACAGUGAAGACAGCGAUCUGGAAAUAGAUUGAACGGAUGGUCUAGUUGCAUAGAUUUCUCAUUGUUUGGGCUGGAAGAUACAUGUCUGUGUUUAUUUUUGUUCCUUCUGUGUCUUCUGACUUUUCAGCUGUUCUUUGUAGUCCUUUUAGUUAUAGUAGAAAGACAAGAAAUUCUUAGAUUAGAUCA